AUGGAAGCCCAGUUUUCGGAUGAGGAAUUUUCUGAUAUCUUAGGCGCGUUUGCAGAAGUAGAUGAUAUGUUAAUUGGCUGGGAUGUCCUUAUGACACCUCUGCAGGGCAUCUGGGAGCAACCUAAAGAUGCACCAAUGCCGUAUCUGGUUCAGACGCCGUCCUCCAGCCAAGCAGCGGACCCAUCGAACGGCGCGACAGCCUCUGGCAGCACGGCGCGGGGCUCUAUGGAUGCGUCCACCGCUGGCGGCGGCGGCGGCGGAGCUCUCACGGCAACGGGCAGCGGCGCCGCUGCCAGCAUGUCCAAUCUUAGUGGCACCAGCGGCGGCGCCAGCAUUCGGUGGGCUGCAGGGACGCUGGUGACGACGUCCGCGUCCGGUACGGUGGUCUGGGCGCCAGUAGCGCACUUGCCUCCCUUGUCUAUGACAGACCCCUCAGACUCCAUCCCGCCUAUCACCGCAACCACCACCACCCCUGCCACUGCCACUGCCACUGCCACUGCCACCAGCCACCAGACACACAUGCAGCUGACGCCCAGCCAGGCGUCCACAGCGCCCCUAGGGCGGCACUCGGAGCACCAGCCUAUCAUGUCACUAGCACGGGCGGCGAUCAUCACGCAGGGCCCCCAGACGGCACCGCUGCCAGCAGGAUUUGAACCCGGGCCAUCCAGGGAUAGAGCAUCGCAGGAGCGAUCAGGUCUGGCGCUGGGGUUGGGAUUCGGGAUCGGCCCCAGCGCAAAUCCAGCUAACCUAUCCCAGGUCCAGGCUCCAUUAUCCCCAGCAGCGGCCAGCGUCCUCGCAGCGCCCGCAGCCCCGUUCGCUGCCCAGGCGAGUGGAGGCCGCGUGCCCAUUUGCGGUGGUGGUGGCACCGGGGCGUCUUGCCCUACAGCAACCAACUACCUAACCACCACCAUGCCAACCACCCUUCCAACGGCAGCUGACGUCACUGCUGACACGAUACGCAUUCGCGGGCACGUGCGGCGAGCAGCCGAGCUCAAGGCCCAGCUGGCGACCCGGGUGCGAGCCAUACAGCGGCUGGCGGCGGAGAACGCUGACCUGCGGGGACGAGCAAAGGUCCUGGAGCUGGUCGUACGGUGUAGGGACGAGCAGCUGCGCCUGCUCCGAAACUACCGUACAUCCGCCAACGGCCGUGUGUAUUACGUGGAGCAGCCGGGACUCCUCCUCCUGGGCGAGGGGGCGACGGGGGCGGCGGCGAAUGGCGUUGCGGUGGCGGCGGUUGGCGGGGGCCAGAGUGGCGGCGAAGGUGGAGAUAGUCCGGGCGCGAUGGUGCCGUACGUUGGUGUAAAUGCAGCGGCGCUGGCGGUGAUGUCAGCUGAGGGGCUGCUGGAAGUGUUCCGGAAGCUCAUCCACGACGUGUCGUUGAGCCUGUCCGAGGCGGCAGCGCCAGCACCCCUUGGCAGCGCCGCCGCGGCGGCGGAUACUGGCAACGGGUACGACAGCGCGGCCGCUGCCGCCGCGUCGUCCUCUGGUCCCUUGGCUCGUCUGCGUGAUCAGAUGGCCUCAUUCCGCAAUGUGCUGCGCUACUUGGGUUUGGUAAACGAGGCGGCGUGCAAGUUCGUGGACACCAACCUGACCGGGAAGCCGGGGGCUCCGGAACCAGGACACUGGCUGCGGGUGAUUCAGGAGCUGCAUCUCAGCCCCCAGCAGCUUGCGGACGCUGCGGCGCUGCAGUCUUGCUGGCAGGACUGGCUGUCCCGGAUACAUGUUGAACGUCGGGACAUUGCCGCCGCCCUGGACCAGCUGCUGUCCGUCAACCGGUACGGCGCGACGUACUUUGAAUCUGUCGGACGGUACGGCACGGAUCGUGACGUGAUCCACAAGAUGCACGCCAACGUGAUGCGAGAGCGGAUCCUGCUGGUGUUAACGGGCGAGGUGUUUUGCUGCCACAUCCUAACUGACAUUCAGUGGGCGCGCGCCAUCGUGAAGUCGUAUCCGUACAUCCUGGAUGUACGAGAGCUCGUCUGCGCGGCUUCCCAGCUCUACUAUUCUUCCGUCCGGGGCCUUAUGGCCCCACCCCUGUCACCUUACUUAUGUCUGUACAUCUCCUUGAGCAGCUUCUUCUGUUUGCUCGUUAAGGAUAGCUACAGCUGCAGCGGCCUGCGGGACGGCCACGCCGCCCACCGCACCGUCGUGCCCCUACACGGAGUCCGGGCCGCCCGCAGCGAGCGCGUGCAAGUGCCGCUCUUCACCCAGCGCCGUUCCACUCGCCUGCAAUGCGGAUCCAUCGCACUCGCCCUCGCCUUCUGGCCCCCGGGCACCUUCACCUUCCAUCCCCAUCCCAGCUCCGUGACCACCACGCCGACCAGUAGCCCUCAGGGUAACGCAUUCACCUCGGCCCCAGUUACGACCCCGGCUCUAGGUCAGCCAGGCGCCGGGAGUGCCCCGGCAGCGGAUGACGAGGUUGGCGGCAAGUCGGGGGCAAUGGGACCGUCGAUGCCUUUGGAAACCGUAUGCCUUGGGUUGCCUGUGGCCGCCGGGCACUUCCCUUUCACGGCCGCGGUGGCCCGGGUGCCGGUGUACCAGGUACCGCACAGCGGUCACCGCCGAGCGCAGCAGGACAGCUCUUCCCGAGACGGUGCACAAGGGGAGCUGUGUGCGAUGCGGGGGAUGAGGGACGAGGGGUUGGGGGCGGUUGCGGAAGCUGGGGUACCCACGCAGCCCCAGCCGCAGCCGCAGCUGCUGCAACAGCAGCAACAGCAGCAGCAGUCGGCAAAGAAGGUGGUGUUGUAG